GCCAAUGCUCCCUCCUUCAUCAGAACCAAAGGUGGCAUGAGGGUGAGGGACAUUGUUUUGUUGGAAUUCCAGCUGUUGAGACCCCUGAGAUGGCGUGUUCGGAGCUGCAGACCUAACCUCAAUUCUCUCCCCCCUUUUUCCUCUGCACACCCCGUAUUUCAUAUGUAUAACCCGAGUUCCUGCUGCUACUUCGGCGUCAUCCCGAACUAUGGCCUCAGAACGACGCAGCGAGCGCGUCGAGCAGCGGCGACGGAGAAAGAUCCCUCUGGCGUGUGAGCCGUGCCGGGAGCGCAAGUCGAGGUGCGACGGGGCCAAACCGAUCUGCUCCACCUGCCAGCGCCGGUCACUGUCGCUCCACCACUGUGUCUACACCCUUGAGAAUGCCCGGACGGCAAGCAACGAAGCCUACAUCAAGGUCCUCCAUGACCGGAUCCGCCGCCUUGAGAAGACAUGCACAGCCCACGGCCUCCCGAUCCCGCCGCUGGACUCCACAGAGGAGGCCGAGGAUGCGUCCGGGCCGCCGCCGGUGACUCUGUCUCCGUCCCCGCUCCAUCCCGGGAAGCGGCCGAGCGAAACUAGCAUCCCGGUCCCGCGCCCGGCCCAUGGCCUCCGGGACCAUGACUCUCCGCCGAACCUACGACUCCAGGUCACGGUGACGUCGCCGAACCCGGACCACGAACGGCUGGAGGCCACCGAGUCGACGGCCGGCGUCACCGCCAUGGGCACCGUUGCCACGGAGCACGACGUGUCGCAGGCGUUUGAGGCGGCUAACGAGUUUUACGGGAGCUCCUCGGCCGCCUCUUUCAUGAAGGAGGCCUACACAUCGGUCAAGCCACAACGGCCGCGGCACCAGGAGGCCAACCCGGCCAACGUCCCCGCCUUCUCUGUCAACUUUGCGCGGACCGGCCCCCGCGGGAGGGCCCAGUUCGCCCAGGCGGACAAGUUCGCGCUGCCACCGCGCCACCUCGCCGAUCACCUGCUGAGCCGGUUCUGGGAGCGGGUCUACUGGCUGUACCCCCUCUUCGACAAGGCCACCUUCCUGCGGGCAUACGAGAGCCUCUGGCGGCCCUCACACGAGCAGCCGGCGGAGCCCUCCCUCCCGGGCCUCGGGCUGGGGAGCAGCCCCGGGGCGGACGCGGGGACCAUCGUCUUCCACUGCGCCCUCAACACCAUGUUCGCCCUCGGCGCCCAAUUCUCCGACCUCAGCCUCGGGGACAAGGCCUCGGCCAUCGAGACCUUCUUCAACCGGGGCAAGGCGUUCGUGGGCCUGGACUUCAUCGACAUGCACAACGUCGGCGUCGUCCAGUCGCUCCUCCUCAUGGCCCUGUUCCUCCAGAGCACGCCGUUCCCGAGCCGGUGUUGGAACGCGGUCGGCCUCGCAUGCCGCGUCGCUCAGGGGCUCGGCCUGCACACGGACACGGACAGGACGUCGCGGCCGCCGCUCGAGACGGAGAUCCGAAGGCGGACCUGGCAUGGCUGUGUCAUCUUGGACAUCAUGACUUACGGGCGGCCGACGAUGACGGCCCAUCUGCCGGACCUGCCGCUUCCUAGUACCGUCGAGUUCGGAGAGGCUACACUCGAGACCCCCCGGCAACACCGAGCCGGUCCACAAGACGACGGCGUCCCCUCCAAGAUGUGUUUCUACGUGGAGCACAUCCGACAAUGCCGCAUCCUCGGCGAGAUCCUCUCCAACGUCUACCAACCCUCCGCCGGCGGAACGGGGAGCGGCCCGCCGUGGUGGUUUGACCAGAAAUCGCGCGGCAUGGACGCCAUCUCGGAUCUGGACGCCAAGCUCUCCCGAUACGAGAGAGAGCUGCCCCCCAUCAUGUCCUGGACCUCACCGUGCGACAUCAGCGGCCUGGACAAAGACCGCCAGCUCGUCAUUACUGCCCAGAGGACCGUUCUCCGGGGGAGCUUCCUCUACCUCCGCCUCAUGCUCCACCGCCCGAUCCUGACGCAGCUCUGCGCCAACAACACGGAGCCGAGUCCGGGCACGGGCACGGGCACGGGCACGGAGCCGAGCUCACCGGCACGGCAAGGUGCUGCAGUCCCCGCGACGGCCGGCCAGGAGCUCUUCACGUCUUUUGCGGCCGGUUGCGCCAGGAUCUGCCUGGGAGCCGCCAUGGACCUCAUCGAGCUGGUCCACAGCACCUACCUGACCAACACCACGGGCGGGUGGUGGUGGGACGGGCUGUAUGCCUUCACGGCCGGCCUGGCCGUCAUCGUGGGGUACCUCUCGCCCCCGCUGCUGGCGUCGGUCGACAGGCAGCGCCUCGAGAGGUCGUGGAUGCUGUGCCAGGGCAUCCUGGCGCACCUGACCUCGUUCAGCAUCUCUGCACAGCGGUCUCUGAGGCUGCUUCAGAAAGUCCACGCCGACGUCAUGUCGCGGUCUUCAGCUGCCUCGGACAAAGACCAAGACCCGCCGCCGCCCCUGCGCCCUCCGACGAUGUCGGCUAAUAAUCAUGACACCGCCACCACGGCGCAUGCGGACGCGGCGGCCGGCUCGGGGCAGCAGGGGCCCGCCACGCAAGCCGAGGAGGCGCCGCUGGAUCUGGGCAGCAGUUUUCAGUUUCAGCUGCCCGCCGGUACCGACAUGUUUGGGGCCGGGCUGGUGUUCAACUGGGACCAGUCCCUUGACAUGAUCCCUGGCGGUCUAGGCAUGGACAUCUACCAGUAUUAAUUUAUUACCUAAUUAGACCGGGGAAAUCGGUCACCCGCUCUCGAGGAGACCUUGGGUGUGUGUUAGGGUUCAAUAUCUCCCUGUUGUGAUUUCUGUAGCAGGUAAUAAAUUAAUACACCAUACCAUGAAUACCUCCUAAUCAUGUAUUUAUCUCCUUGACAGACGGGAGCGCAGUCAAAAUCUCUCUACCUUCGUCGUCUUACUCGUAAUAGCCAUUUGGUCACGUCAUCUACCUAUAUCCACCACCCCUUCGUCAUGCGUCCGGCGAGAGCGUUGGUAGAAAUUACAGCGCCCGAUUCUUCCACCCGGGCAGCGCUGCCGCCCACCACGCCAUCAAGGUGGCCAGUCGGGAGUUUGGGUUGUUUCCAGCCAGCCCAGAGAGCAAAAGCAAACCUGCCGCAAGAAUAGCGGUGACGGUCAUGAGCCAACGGCCAUAGCAAGACCUCCUGGGAAUGACCGGAUCCAAUUUACCC